AUGGCGACAGGCGCUGGUGAGUGUCCCAGCAAGGCCGUCCAGUACCGGGUGGAUCAUCUCCUCAGUGCGGUGGAGAGUGAGCUCCAGGCCGGUAGCGAGAAAGGCGACCCCACGGAGAGGGAACUUAAAGUGUCUUUGGAUGAGAGUGAGCUCUGGCAAAAAUUUAAGGAUCUCACAAAUGAGAUGAUAGUUACAAAGAAUGGAAGGCGCAUGUUUCCGGUUCUGAAAGUGAACGUGUCCGGACUGGACCCGAACGCCAUGUAUUCUUUUUUGCUGGACUUCGCCUCAGCGGACAACCACAGAUGGAAAUAUGUGAACGGGGAGUGGGUGCCCGGAGGCAAACCCGAGCCGCAGACUCCCAGUUGCGUCUACAUCCAUCCAGACUCUCCAAACUUUGGGGCGCACUGGAUGAAAGCUCCCGUCUCGUUCAGUAAAGUUAAACUCACAAAUAAACUCAACGGUGGAGGUCAGAUCAUGUUAAAUUCUUUGCACAAGUAUGAGCCACGCAUCCAUAUCGUGCGUGUUGGAGGCCCGCGGAGGAUGAUAACCAGUCACUCCUUCCCGGAGACACAGUUCAUUGCAGUAACCGCGUACCAAAACGAAGAGAUUACUGCACUGAAAAUUAAGUACAACCCAUUUGCCAAGGCCUUCCUAGAUGCGAAGGAGAGAAGUGAUCACAAAGAAAUAAGGGAAGAUGCCAAUGAAAACCACCAGUCUGGUUACUCUCAGUUAAGUAGCUGGUUUAUUCCAGGCACCAGUGCCCUCUGCCCACCUGCUAGUCCUCACAACCAGUUUGGGAGUACCAUCUCCAUCUCACCAUCUCACGGCUGUGAGCGCUAUUCCACCCUGAGGACCCACCGUUCUACCCCUUACACUAGCCCAUACGCCCAUCGGACCAACUCGCCCACCAGUUACUCUGAAAACUCGUCGACCUGUCUGUCAAUGCUGACCAGCCAUGAUAACUGGUCCAGUCUCCAGAUGCCUACACACUCUAGCAUGAUGCCCAUGGCCCACAAUUCUUCCUCUGGUGCAAAUUCAAGUCAGUACACCGGCCUGUGGUCUGUGGGUAACUCCCCACUAACUCCAGUGUCUCAGAAUGGAGGGAUAAACAGCUGCCUUGGCUCCCAGUUCAUCCGAGGGUCCAGCAGUCACUAUGCUGGCCUGUCUCACUCUAUCACAGUGCCCCCCUCUGGUUCUCCCAUGUACGACGGCAGCUCAGCCACAGAGGUGCAUGAUGCUGCUCAGUAUGACACGUCCCCCCACGGUCGACUACCUACAGCCUGGACCCCCGUAACGCCUCCGACACUUUGAUGAAAAUAUCUGCACAGACUGAGAGAAGGACCCCGAUGUUUGAUCUGAUUUGAC